AUGGGUAAAUUCAAAAACUACGCUUAAAAAUACACCAACUUUCUGAAUAUACCAACCCUUGAUAUGUGCUCGAAAAAAAAUGCCGUCCGAUUCUUUGUAAUGUCCAUAUUUACCAUCAAAAUGGACACUUCAAAAUAACAGCGAAAUAGGGCAUUUCCACACUGCACUCAUGGUGUUCCACACUGCCUAUGACCUUAGAAAUCUAUUGGAAAAAAAUCAACCAUAUCCGUUAAGCCUAAGCUUAGUUAUCCUAACUUCAAAUUUUGAGCAACGUUGCAACGCAUUCGUUUGAAAACAGUUUCCUUUCCACCAACAUUUUCCCCUCGGGAGAAAAAAGAGAUGUGGCCGAGAGGAUAGCAUUUUAGACUGGCGAGCAUGAGACCAGGGUUCGAAUCCUCCUGCCCGCGGACUUUUUUUUUUUCGAAAAACUUGAAAAUUUCACGCUGCACAUUUUUUUUUGAAAAAAAUUUUCACACUGCACAAAAAAUUUGGGACACUCUCUCGUCAGGUGUGAAACCUCUGUUCAUCUCAAACGCCAAAUUCAGAAAUUUCGAAUUAUUUCCACAAAUUUGGUUUCAUUGAUCAAAGUUAUACCUGCUAUUGCACACAUUUGUCGAAUUUCACGGAAGCAAUCAUUGUGUUACCAGAAUUUGAAUUUGCGUUGAAUGAGAUCAAAGAGUUUUAUUCGAAAAUUAGGGAGGAUUCUGGAUUUUGUAAAGAUUUGAGCGAGUAAGUGUUUUUUUUUUCGAAGUUAAAAAAGAAUUUUAAAAAGUUUUUCAGCUAUUUUGAGUUUAAACAUGUGAUUUUGGAAAUUCCGAAAACUGAUUAUGCAAAUUGGAAAGAAUUAUUAGAUUUUUUGAAAAGAUGUUCGGUAAAUGUAAGUACUUAUUUGAAGAAAAUUAAAUUUGCAUGAUAAGUUCAUUUUUUCAGCAUAAAUUGGUACUCGAAUUUGUUCGUUCUGGUUUUUCACCUGUCACAUAUAUUGGUCAAAUAAUGUUCAAUUUAUUGACUCGUUUACAAAACUUUCUCAAUUUUAUUCAAGAAAGUAUUAAUAAAUUGGCUGAACCAACUUCAUUUGUUUCGGAAAUUAUUCCGGAAAUUCUGAAAAUCAAACAAUUGAUUUAUGUGUGAGUUUCAGUUUUUUGUAAAUAUUCCUAAUGUUGUUUUUUCAGACAAUUUCCGGAAGUUAAUAUCAGAAAAUAUAUAUGUAUUGAAUUUGAGAAACAUUUGAGAUCGGAUACUUCAAAAAAUGAGCAGUAUGAGAUCGCAACAUUUUUGGAUCCUCGAUUUGCUUUUGAUGAGAAAAUAUUUUCGAAAAAACGAUGGUUGGAAAUCUCAAGAAAUUUAAAAGAAACAAUUUGUAAGUUUGAAUAUUUUUGAAUUGAAUUCAUCUCUUUUAUUUACAGUAAAUUGUGAGACAAUCCAACAAAAUAUGACAUUUCCUUUGAAAAAAAUGAAUCUUGAUGUUGAAUUAUUGCAUUAUAUAUCAACAAUAACUCAAAAAAGAUGCGAAAUUGAUCCGUUUGAAUGGUGGAAAGGUAAUUCAAAUUUUUUAUCAAUUCUCUACGCAUCUUCGAAUUUGUUAUCAACUCCACCCCCUUUUUCAAUUGAUGCUGAAAAAUAUUUUGGAAAAAAUGGAAAAUUGAUGAAAAAUAAUGAGACAAUGACAUUGGAUAGAUUUAAUUAUUCACUUUGUGUUGUUUCGGAUUUGGAAGAAUUCAGAGGAAGAGGAUUUGUGGAACAGAAAAAUAUUCGACUCGAAAAAGUUUAUUUUCAUGAAUAUGAUCCAGAAAUCGAACCGAGAAAUCAAGCAGCAAAAAUCGAAAAGAAACCUGUGCAUAUAUCUUUUUUAGAGCCGAAAAUGUGAGGAAAUAUAAUUUUGGGAAUUAAUUUGUGGAGUUUUUAUAGAAUCGAUAAUUUCAUGGAGAAAUCAGUGAUCAAAACCGAAGUCACAGAAAAGAAUCAUCGAAAUUUGAUGUGUGAUGAAGUUAUCAAAAUCGAACCAAUUGAACCCACUGAAAUGGUGAUUGUUGUUAAAGAUGAAAAAGACGAAACUUCGAAAAAAGUUGCGAUCAAAUUACCGUGAGUUGUUCAUGUUUUUGAGACACAUAAUGAGGAAACUAUUUCAAAUCUGAUGCCAUCCCCAAAAUUCUCAACUUUUUUUUUCAAAAAAAUAAUAAAAAUCAUAUUUUAGACGUCAACAAACCGCAAUGGAACGAGUUCUUGGUCGUAAAAUUACCAUUAAAGAUAGUUAGAAGAAGUCAUCAAAAUUAAUAGAAACUAUUUAUCAUGUUUUACGGUUACCUCUUUUGUAUUUUUAUUUGUUUUCCAAUGAAGUUUUAUUUUAUUUUUCUUUGCGCUAGAAAACACUGUAAACACUUUCUCCGAACUUGACUUCAUAAUUCUUCUCCAAAUUUCUAAUAAAUGUUUUUUUUUGCAGGAAAUAAUCAGAUGUUGAGAGAUUGGUGUAAAUUUGUGACAACUUGUGCUCUUCGAUGUGGUGAUUCGGAUAAAGAAGUCAUAAAAGUGAUGAAUUCGAUUUUCGAGAAUAUUCUCGAAUUUUUGAGCGAAGAAGCUGAAGAAAUUGAAUAUAAAUUCAUCGAUUCGACAACAAGAAAUGUGGCAAUUGAAUUCUUCUUCAAUUUUGUUGAAAAAUCGUUGACUCAAAUUCGAGAAGCUUUUGGAUUUGUCAAAGAUUUUUGUGUGAAACCACCGAAUUGUGAGUUGGAAAAACUUUGGAUUUUCAUGAAAAUUUGUGUUUUUUACAGUCGAUCAGAUUCUCGAAUCAUUGAUGUAUAAAUGUGUUGAGAUUACUGAAAUGGUUUCGCGAGUUCUUCAAUUAUUUGUGCAAUUUAAACUUAUGGUGGGUUUUUUUUACUGAGAAAGUUCGGCCCAGAAUUAAUGGGACAAUCUUGGAUUUUUUGAGAACAAAUUUCGGGCCCGAAAAAUCGGAAAAAAAUAAUUUUCGCAUUUAAAUUUUGUUCGAAAUUGCAAAAAUACAAGAAUUCAGUAUAUUUUUUCUGAAUUUCAAGGUUUAAGAAAAAUUUGUCCAAUUCAAAAUUGGUUCUCAGUAAUGUUCUCAGUAAUAAUUCAAUGAUCAUCAGACUAAACUUUGAAAAAAACUCAUAUUUCAUUUUUUUACAGCAAGAACGUAUCACUGAAAUUAUGACAAGCUAUUUUUCCACUAUCGAAUUGUCUGUUUUAUUGGUGAGUGUUUUUUGGGCUUAAUUUCAUCAGGAAACAUUUUUACGAAAAUUCUCAUUUUUCAGCUCCAAGGUCAAACUCGUAUUUGGGGUCGAGAGAUGAAAAAUUGGAAAAGUGUGGAUAUUUUGGCGAAUUUGAUCAAAUCCAAACUAACUCCUCUUUUAUCAUUAGUGGAUGAUCAUAUUGGUUUCACAAAAGGAAAAGAGGAAAUGAAAAAGAAGUUGUCACAAAAAUCAAGAUAUCAAAAAUCUCGUCGAGACGAGAAAUUAUAUGUUCGAUUCACUCAACAACGCGAAUCUGUUCAACAUAUGAUUCUAGUGUUGUGCAAAAUGCUCAAAGAUGAUCGUUUCGAUUUGCAAAUCAAAAACAAUUCAUUGGGUUAUCGCGAAUAUCGAAUUAAUAUGGAUGUUAUUCGAAGCAAAGUCGGCGCACCGCCAAUUAAUAAUGAUGACACAACAACUACAACAAGGUAAAAAUUUCGAGGUCACCUUUUUUUUGCUGACAGUGGGAUAUCAAAUGUUUUUUCCUCUUCUUUUUUACCUGACCUACCUUAAUUACCAGUCGAAAGAAAAAGAUUCGAACAAAAUUUUUCGAUUCAGAAAAAUCCAAGUUUUUUUUUUAAAGUUUUCUUCUUAUUUUUCCACCGGAAAUAAUAUUUUUCCUAAAUUUUCAGUCGAAAACGACGACAUCAAAGUGAUAACGAAGAAAGUGAUAAUGAUGAUGAAGAAUUGGAAGAACAAGAGACUGAAAUGAAUGAAAAUGAAGAAGGAGAGGAAGAAGAAGAAGCUAGAAAUGAUAGUGGAGCUGCGAAUGCGAAUAUGAUGUUGAAUGAAGUGAGUUUUGAGAAUCUUCAAAAUUUUCCUCUAGAAUUUUCGAAAAUCCAAAACAUAAGUUUUCAAAAAAAAGGAAAUUUUAUACUGUGACAAAAUUAAGGUAAUCUGAAUUUUCGAAAAUUGCAAGAUUCAAAUUCUAAAAGCCCUCUCAAAAUUUGAAGGUAUAUUCACCGAAUCUUGAAAAAAUUAUAUUUCACCAAAGUCCUUCAAGAACUUAUAUCCAAUUUUCGUAAAUCUCAACUUCCCCUCCCCCCAAAAUCUUGUUAGUUUUGGUGUUUGGAGAAGAGGGUGUUGUUGUUGUUAGAUAAUUAGUAUUCGUAGAAAUGUGUAAUUCCCAAAAGCUUUUUUGCUCGCUCGUCUUUCUUCUUUUUAGCCAUCUUCUUUUUCCUAUUAUACAUAAUUUGUUCAUCUCCUCCUCGUCUUCUUCUUUUUCUAUUUUUCCAUGUUUUUUCAUCUUGAGCUUCAAGAUGUCAAAAAGACAAAAGAGUCAGGGAAAUGAAGAAGAAGAAGAAGAAGAAGGAAGACAAAUAAUAUGAAGAAGCAGAUGGCGAGAAUAGAUAACUACUUAUAUUGUGUCGAUGUGUAUGUGUGUGUGUGUGCACUUAAUAUUUAUAUACACCACAUCAACAUAUUAUACCACCACCACCUCCCGCCAAUAUAAUAUAUAAGUAUAUACAUACACUAUUCCUCUCCUCCUUCUUUCGCCUUCUUAUUGUUAUUACUAUUGAAACGAGAUGGCUUGUGUCUUUUGACGAAUGCCUGCCUUUUUUAUUGACUUUUUCUUUGUUUUAUGAGAGAAAAUUGGAGCAAUUCUUGUGGAGCACUGAAUUUUGAGCCGAAAUUCCUGAAAUUUGGAACAUUGUGUUUUUGAGCAAAGUUCUGGCAUAUUCUGAAACUCAGGUCUGAUUUAGAAUCAGCCCUCUCCAUUUUUUGAUUAAAAUUAGUUUAGCCUAACUCUGUUCGAAUUCGAAGCUCUCAAAAGACAAAUCAAGAGAUUUGAAAAUCUUCGAUUUUUAGGAACACAUUUUAGUUUUUGGUGAAUUUUCAAACAAAAAUUCCUAAUUUGUGCAGAAUUCUAUUUUUUAUACGUUUCAAAAAAUUUAUGAAAAUCAAAAAUAAAAUAAAAUAAUUAUACUUCAGAAGUUGUUAUACUUAAAUUAUAGGGUUACAGAAAAGUUUAAUUUUAAAAAUAGGUUGAUUUUAAUUUCCCAAAAAUUACAAAUGUACUGCUGAAAGUAAAAAAAAUCACCAACCUAGCUAAAAAUUGAGUUCUCACGCAUUUUUUUUCUGAAGGAAAAACGGCAACGCCAGUUUAAAGGGACAUGAACCGUUUGUAAUGGAAAAACUCAGAUUGGCUGAACCAUAUGAAAAGUUAUAUACACCAUUAGAAUCUAAGUAAAAAACUGCAUCGAAAUAAGGUUCGAGUGGUGGAUUUAGUGUAACUUUUUUCUCGCGGUAUUCGUGACGGGACCCUAUUGCUUUUUCGAAAAAAUUUCCUUUAAGAGAGAGCGUGCGAAAAAGAGAGACGCUAUUGCGCAGAGACAUUUUGUGUGCAAACACGCUGACGCACAAAUGCACCACACACGUAGGGCACAAAAUGCACCACACACCUACGGUUCGCACCGUAGUUUUUUCAGCAAUUUCCUCGCUUGAAAAUACGUGUUCUACGUUAUUUCUCAAGAAAACUUUGAAAUAGUCCCUCCCUACUGUGAAAAUGUUCGAAAAAAUAUGACAAAAAUUCAAUCUUCAAAAAAUUUACCCAAUUUUUCUCCAGGUUAAAGAAGAAGAUAUAACUGAUGAAGUUAUGGAACGCUCAACAAGUCCCGUAUUUUAA